AUUUUGUACACAACACCCUGUCCAAAACCCUAGUUCCAUGUCCUCUAUAACGUAGCUGCUCCGCUUUUCGUAUCUCCCUUUCCCUCAAACCCUAACCCUAAUUUCCAGAGCGGUUUUGGGAGCGGAGAUCUACCUCCCGAUCCGCCAUGAAGUUCAACAUUGCAAAUCCGACUACUGGAUGUCAGAAGAAGCUGGAAAUCGAUGACGAUCAGAAGCUCCGGGCCUUUUUUGACAAGCGGAUCUCUCAGGAGGUUAGCGGAGAUGCACUGGGUGAGGAAUUUAAAGGAUAUGUCUUCAAAAUUAUGGGAGGAUGCGACAAGCAAGGUUUCCCAAUGAAACAGGGAGUCUUAACUCCUGGCCGUGUUCGUUUGCUGCUGCACAGAGGAACACCUUGCUUCCGAGGCUAUGGCAGGCGCAAUGGAGAGCGUCGUCGGAAGUCUGUUCGUGGAUGCAUUGUUAGCCCUGACCUUUCAGUUUUGAACUUGGUUAUUGUAAAAAAGGGGGAAAGCGAUCUGCCUGGUUUAACAGACAUAGAAAAGCCAAGAAUGAGAGGUCCAAAGAGGGCCUCAAAGAUCCGCAAGCUAUUCAACCUUUCUAAAGAGGAUGAUGUGCGCAAGUAUGUCAACACAUACAGGCGAACAUUUACAACGAAGGCUGGGAAGAAGUGCAGCAAGGCUCCCAAGAUACAGCGGCUUGUGACCCCAUUGACGUUGCAGAGGAAGCGCGGCAGAAUCGCUGAGAAGAAGAAGAGGAUCGCAAAGGCCAAAUCGGAAGCUGCUGAGUAUCAGAAGCUGCUUGCCACCAGGCUGAAGGAGCAGCGUGACAAAAGAAGCGAAAGCUUGGCCAAGAAGAGAUCCCGUCUCUCUGCUGCUUCAAAACCAUCAGUGGCAGCUUGAGUGGGGAUGUUCGGUUGUGUUGACGUGGACGUUGCUCCCGUCCAAAUCAUGAAUUAGAGAUUUUAUUUACUGCAACACAAUAUCAUUACUGGUUGAUCUGUUUUCAGUUUUGACUGCUUUUGUUUAGAUGAAUAUGUUAACAAUGACUGCAAUUGUCAUCUGCGUAUUUGGUUUUCCUCUUACCUAUUUUGGAAUAUGCUUGAAUUUUAUAGUGUCUUUGCUCUGAAUGUGGCGAUUAGAAUUUUUUUUUUUGGAGGUGA